GUGGUGGAUGAGGAAGAUGAGACCAGUAAUGGACCCACUGACAGGGGAAAAUCCUUCAAAGAAGAAGCUUUGGAUCUGUCGGUAUUACCAAAUGGUUUGGCCACAAAGGGCCAUGUGGCCUUGGAAGCCCUACAACAUACCAAAGUAGCGGUGGCUCAAUUUGCGGCCACGGCAUUGGCCAAUACCCAAUAUUUUGGUGAUACUCCCACUCCCGAUUUGGCAGCCAUCUUGCAGCGGCAACAUUUAAUGCAAUUACAAUUUAUACAACAUUUACAAAGUCAAUUGAAACGUAGGGAUCGUGAGGGGGAAGAUGAAGCGGAAGAUAUUGAAGAUGAGGAGGAAGAAAUGAGGUCGGAAGAGGAGGAACAGAGAAGAAAUUCCUCGGAAGAUCUGUUACCACGUGACAAGUCGCCCACAAAACCCACAAAACAGGAGGAGAAUCUGAACAGCAAGACUGAUCAAGAAGAAUUUAUGAAAAAUUCCAAGGACAUAGACAAAGUGCAAUCACCACCCCAUUAUCAGCCAUUACUGAGCGGCAUAAGCUCGUCAUUGGCUUCAACUAUUAUUACCGAUCAUGAUCCCAUACCCCCGCCAAGUGAAACCAAUUGUUUGGAAAUGUUACAGCGUCGGACGGAAGAGGUUCUCGAUUCUGCUUCGCAAAGUUUACAUGCCUCUCAAAUGCAAGAUGAAUAUGAAUAUCAGCAGAAGGAUGGCCAGGGCAGGGGAGAAAUUUUCAAACAUCGUUGUAAAUAUUGUGGUAAGAUUUUCGGUUCAUUUUCUGCCCUGCAUUUGAGAUCCCACACCGGGGAGAGGCCAUUUGUGUGUAAUGUAUGUGGUAGUAAAUUCACAACAAAAGGAAAUCUGAAGGUGCAUUAUCAAAGGCAUACACAAAUAUACCCGCCCAUUUUAAUGCCACCCGGUGUGGGACCACCUCUAGAAAUGCCUCCCACAGCAAUGAAUUCGCCAGCACCAACAUCAGCGCCGUAUACACAUCCACAUCCCCCUCCUCCGCCACCACCACCUGGGCUCUUAGGAAUGCCAAUUCGUUUGCCACUACCAUUUGAGAAAACACAACCUAAGGAUACAGCGGAACGGGAACGAACAAAAACUCCAGAAGAAACCAAAGAAGAACACGAAGAGGAAUCUAAGGAACAACCUCGAGAUUUAACAUCCUCAAAUUGUAAAUCCACAAUUGAUCAUCCUGAAGAUCUUAGUAAACCGCCCAGUCGGGAAGAAGAGCCAAAACCUAAACCUUUGGUGAGAGUGAAAACACCACAAGCUUUAAUGGAACCCACAGGAAUCGAACAACAGCAACCACUGCCGUUGCCCCAGUUACCACCCCAGCAGUUAACAAACGAUAAACCAGAAAGACCCUUAGCAUCAAUCACACCAAAACGUAACAGCUCUCACAGAAAACGCAACUCCAAUAGUUCCACACCACCACAGGAAUUUCGAAAAAGUUUUCCCGGCAACAGCAUGGACACGGUGGCGGAUGAACAUCAUCUCUCUAAACAUUUUCGACGAUCUUCUUCGUUAAGUCGCAACAGCAGUUUAGAACAUUUAACCGGUGAUUUUGGACAAGUUGAAACCUAUGUAGAUAAAUCAUGGGAAGAUCUAAUCGAAAUAGAUACCACUUCGGAAACCUCGAAGCUACAACAGCUGGUAGAUAACAUAGAAAAUAAACUCACAGAUCCCAAUCAAUGUAUAUUUUGCCAGAAGGUCAUGUCAUGUCGAAGUUCCCUGCAAAUGCACAUUCGUACACACACCGGGGAACGGCCAUUUCGUUGUAAAAUAUGUGGUCGUGCCUUUGCCACCAAAGGAAAUCUCAAGGCCCACAUGAGCAUACACAAAAUUAAGCCGCCAAUGCGGUCACAAUUCAAAUGCCCGGUGUGUCAUCAGAAAUUCUCGAAUGGUAUUAUUUUACAACAACACAUACGCAUCCACACUAUAGACGAUGGUUCGGGCGGAGCACCACAAAUUCCCGGUGCUUCCAGUGAAAUGGCUGCAGCCAUUGCUGAACACAAUCAACGUAUACGUGCCCACAUGGAGGCCGCCAUAUUGGAGGAUCAAAAUUCCAAUAAAUCCCUAGGAAACUCUGAGAAUUUUGAUUUUUCCACAACCUCUGAAUAUUCUGGUCAACGUUCGGAGUCGUCGCAGGGUGAUUUUGAUGAAUACAUGACAAUGGAGAGUACAGACGAUUCACGGGAAAAUACCUCAUCUCUAACGCCAUUGGAUAAACGUCAAUUUGAAGAUGCCGAUGAAAAGAGUGAGGCUGGUGGUGGCGGCGGUAAUGAUACUAUGGAAUCUGGAAUUUCUCAAGCCAUGGAUUUAACAGCACGUAAUGGCCACUCUCAACUACCGCAAAGAGCUUUAGACCAUUUGCCGCAUUUGAUGGGUAUGCCACCGAAUAUUUGGCUAAUGGCUGCCGCACGUGAAGAAAUACAAAAUCUUGGCAAUCAGGGAAAAUUUCCAUUGUUACCAUUUGGACCAUUAGGAUUUAUGGGUUUGCCACCACAAGCUCAUAUUUGCCAAUUGUGCUUUAAAUUGUUUCCAAAUCCAACGGCUUUGGAAACACAUUUUCAAACGGAACAUACCAAAGAGGCUGCAAACCGAAGUACACCACAUUCUUCGGGUAGUGGAGGCGGUGCCUGCAAUGUUGCAUCGAUUGAUAACGAAACAUCAAAUGUUGCCGAUAAUAGUAGUCAUGCGGUUACUGUGGAAGAGAAGAAUGUUAAUGCGGCGACCGCCAUUAUCGCCAACAACAAUAGCAGGAACAGCAAGGAUGAUAACUGUGAUGCAUCUAAAGCCGGGGAAGCGAAUUUAUAUGACAACAAAACUACAAUGAGUCAAAUUCUGUUUCAAAAAUAUCAACAACAAACAUCUGAGCCACAAAGAGAAUGCCAAAAAUCUCCUUUUGAUCACAAGAAUAGAGGUAACAAUGAUUAUGAGGAUGACGAUAAUAGAAGGCAAUCACCCGAUAAAGCCACUGAUUCCGAUGAAAUGGGACAUCAUAUCAAAACCGAACCGCUAGGUGAAGAAUCGGAAGAUGUGUUAAAAACCCGAACAGAUCUAGAUGAUGGAGAUGAAGAUGAUGGUUAUCGAGACGCAGUAUCAUCACCUCCUACAACUCAUUAUCCAUUACAUUCGGCUGGUGCAAUAUCGCCUAUGGCUGGCUUAUUGCCACCUCCACCUGCAUCAUCAUCAUCGGCAUCGGCCGAUGCCUCGGAACAUUCACUGAUGAAAAUGCAAAUGCAAGCUCAUCGUUUUCCCGCAACACCAUUGGAUUUUCAACAGGCCCUAAUGUCGGUGGGGCCACCAACCUCAAGUCUAGAUCCACCGGUGAAUAAUAAACAUUUUUGUCAUAUUUGUCGAAGGAAUUUCAGUUCAAGUUCGGCAUUACAAAUUCAUAUGCGUACCCAUACGGGUGAUAAACCAUUUCAGUGUAAUGUCUGUCAGAAGGCCUUUACAACGAAAGGCAAUUUAAAGGUUCAUAUGGGUACUCACAUGUGGACAAAUCCAACAUCACGUAGAGGAAGACGUAUGUCUUUGGAAUUACCCAUGCAUCGACCGGGUGGUGGUAGCAUGCCACCGGAAUCGGAAUUUUUACCAAGGAGACCGGAUAUAUUUUUCCCAUAUUUGCCACCGUUUUUUAAUGGUCUACCACCAAAGCCCGGUGAAAUGAACUCAACACCACCAUUUCCGCCCCAUAUCAAUCCUCCCCAUUUGUCGAAUGGCACAAGUACUGGACCCCCUAAAUAUCCACCUCCGCCACCUCCUGGUUUACCGCUUGGAUUUCCACCAUUUCUACAACCUCCAUACGGCUUCAAUCCAAUGCUAAAUCAGGCCCAUUUGGAACGUCAAAGCAAUGCAAAAACCCCGCAAAAUCAAGAUGAGGAUGUGACCUCAAUGGAACCAAAGAAUUUACAUCAACAUAACAGCAGCAGUAGUAGUAGUCGGGCAACAUCUCCACAACAGCUGUUGCCCCAACAUCAUCAUCAACAACACCAUUCACAGAGAUCUUCACCACUGGAAAAAGAGGAUACAAUGAUGACAUCAUCCGCAAAUACCCUAUGGAAUCCGUUGAUAAAAAUUAAAACUGAAAACAAUCAAAAUGAUAUUAAUCAUCUGCAGGAUCAUAAUAGUGAGUCAUCUAAUCAGGAUUAG